ACACAGGGGUGUUUAGGGUUUGGCGGAAGGCAGGUGAGCUCUGGGCACUGACCCAUCACCAGCUAUUUUUCAAGGAGUCUGAGAGGUGUUAACCUGCGGUCUACCCCAUGAGAUUGCUCAGAGUGUAGGAGGAUAUGGUUUACUAGCUCCGGAAAGCAGCUAUUAUAACUGAGGAGGAAAUGAAGCUUGACUGGCUAGAACAGAAGCAACAAUGGAGGCCCAUGGAGGGAUUUUCCAGGCCCCUAUUCCUGAUCUCUAUGGUGGCGCUGCUUCCCUUAUUCUGCAGUCUUGCUUUGAGACCAGACAAUUCUGUACUCUGUCUGUGCCUUCUUCCUUCUCAGCAGCCCUGCCUCUGCCACCUGCCCCAGAAGGGCUCUGGGUCCUCUCAUCUCAGGACAGACAAGGGUUUUUGUAAUUAUCUUCUUGGGUAACCUCCCUGUAAGGAAUAGGAGAGGUUAUCUGGUCCUGGUCUUUUGAGAGAGCAUUGAGAAGAAAAAGUUAAACCAGUGGGCAGCCCAGGCUGCAUACAUCCUGGGAAUAUUGCGAUUAUUCUCUCCAGUAAUCUACGGAAAUCUACUGGUUGUUCUGCAGAAAAAGAAUUAAGAGAGACCAGGAAACCUGUUGUCUAAGACUAAGGCAGGAUGAGGUUUACCUAGUAACUGAUGAUGCUAGGCUGAGGCACUCAGCGAUUUGUCUCUACAUCUGUCCCUGCCUACCUAGCCAAUCUGUCCCUGUUUGGGACACUGGACUCCCGUGAGCUGGAAGGAACAGAUUUAAUAUCUAGGGACUGGGUAUCCCCAAAUCACUCAUUUGGGGGGUCAAGGGACCCGGGCAAUAUAGUAUUCUGCUCAGUGUCUGGAGAUCAUCUACCCAGGCUGGGGCUUCUGGGACAGGCGAGGACCCACGGACGCUGGAAGAGCUGGUCCAGGGGACUGAACUCCCGGCAUCUUUACAGAGCAGAGCAUGAUCACAUUCCUGCCGCUGCUGCUGGGGCUCAGCCUGGGCUGCACAGGAGCAGGUGGCUUCGUGGCCCACGUGGAAAGCUCCUGUCUGUUGGAUGAUGCUGGGACUCCAAAGGAUUUCACAUACUGCAUCUCCUUCAACAAGGAUCUGCUGACCUGCUGGGAUCCAGAGGAGAAUAAGAUGGCCCCUUGCGAAUUUGGGGUGCUGAAUAGCUUGGCGAAUUUCCUCUCACAGCACCUCAACCAACAAGACACCCUGAUGCAGCGCUUGCGCAAUGGGCUUCAGAAUUGUGCCACACACACCCAGCCCUUCUGGGGAUCACUGACCAACAGGACACGGCCACCAUCUGUGCAAGUAGCCAAAACCACUCCUUUUAACACGAGGGAGCCUGUGAUGCUGGCCUGCUAUGUGUGGGGCUUCUAUCCAGCAGAAGUGACCAUCACGUGGAGGAAGAACGGGAAGCUUGUCAUGCCUCACAGCAGUGCGCACAAGACUGCCCAGCCCAAUGGAGACUGGACAUACCAGACCCUCUCCCAUUUAGCCUUAACCCCCUCUUACGGGGACACUUACACCUGUGUGGUAGAGCACAUUGGGGCUCCUGAGCCCAUCCUUCGGGACUGGACACCUGGGCUGUCCCCCAUGCAGACCCUGAAGGUUUCUGUGUCUGCAGUGACUCUGGGCCUGGGCCUCAUCAUCUUCUCUCUUGGUGUGAUCAGCUGGCGGAGAGCUGGCCACUCUAGUUACACUCCUCUUCCUGGGUCCAAUUAUUCAGAAGGACGGCACAUUUCCUAGAGGCAGAAUCCUACAACUUCCACUCCAAGUGAGAAGGAGAUUCAAACUCAAUGAUGCUACCAUACCUCUCCAACAUCUUCAACCCCCUGACAUUAUCUUGGAUCGUAUGGUUUCUCCAUCCAAUUCUUUGAAUUUCCCAGUCUCCCCUAUGUAAAACUUAGCAACUUGGGGGACCUCAUUCCUGGGACUAUGCUGUAACCAAAUUAUUGUCCAAGGCUAUAUUUCUGGGAUGAAUAUAAUCUGAGGAAGGGAGUUAAAGACCCUCCUGGGGCCCUCAGUGUGCCAUAGAGGACAGCAACUGAUGAUUGUUUCAGAGAAAUAAACUUUGGUGGAAAUAUUGUU